ACACACGUACAACACCCACCACCCACAUAUACCUUAUUGCCCUACCAACUCCAACGCUGCCUGACGUCGCCGCGCCGUUCUCCUGUUACACACGUACAAAACCCACCACCCGCCAGCCGAUCACCGCCGACCGCGUGCAGCGCCUAUACCACGGCCUCGGCCCUCCCCAACCACCCACUGGAUCAGCUUAGCAAUCUGCCGGCUACCGACGAAACAACGAAACAACACCACAAACCACGCAAACAUGUCGGUGGAUUUGACGCCGCAAGAGCUGGGCUUCAAGCGCCCCUUCACCCACGAAGUCAGCCAGGUCCUCCGCCUGCACAACCCCAACAGCGAUCCUGUCGCCUUCAAAGUCAAGACUACCGCUCCUAAGCAGUACUGCGUGCGACCCAACUCCGGCCGCAUUGACCCUGGUGGAGAUGUCGAAGUUCAAGUGCUCCUUCAGGCCAUGAAGGAGGACCCUCCGCUCGACGCACGAUGCCGCGACAAGUUCCUAGUGCAGUCCGUGGCCAUUGGCGCUGAUGUGCAGGUCGCAAACGUCACCCAAGUCUGGGCCAACAUCGAGCAGACUGCCAAGUCGAGCAUCCAAGAGAAGAAGAUUCGCGUGUCGUUCCUCCCAGCAGACGGCAGUGCUGCUGUGGGCGCCGCUGCCUCUCCCUCGCCUGCACCGAAUGGAGUCUCCCACCACGACGAGCCUCCGGCAUACUCAUCGCCCUCACCCGCCGCCGUCACGCCCGCACGCAAUUUUGGGUCAUCGAGUUCCAAUUUCGAAAAGAGCCCUCCGCCAGCAGAUGACCUCACCCAGUCACAGUCUACACUGCACUCAGCUACCGCCGCUGUAUCCAAUGCGACUGGUGUGAGCCAAGCCGAGCUCGAACGACAACUGGCGGCAGCCAAUGACACGAUCCGAGAUCUGCGAGCCAAGGCCGCUGAAGCGACUGGGCUUAGGCAGCGCAACGCAGGAGGCAGCACUGCUACCACAACAAAAGGAGCUCCAUCCGCUGUCACCCAACCUGCGCCUGGCGGCGUACCAGUCCAAAUUGUGGCAGCAAUCGCUCUACUGAGCUUUCUGAUUGCCUACUUGUUCUUCUAGUUGCCCUUCUAGGUGGCGAUCUACACAACACGAGGUGCGGGAUUUUGCAAACAUGGCAACGCAACCGUGGCAUGAAGAAUGACAGCAGAACAAAAGAAAAGUUGAAGCGAGAUGCCGGCUUUGCACAAAACAAAAUUGGGCGCAUGGAACCCGCUGUGAUGCACGAACGGAUCUGGCGCGAGCUGAGAGAAACUCUGCUCGCUCGCUACAUUACGCAUCCUUGAUUUCGAAAGCGUAAUGUUUUUCAUUGAAGAAGCAUGGGCAACCUGGCGAAGGAACGAGAAGAGAACGAAUGAUUGAAGGACUUUUUGUCUUUUGUCCUUGGCGGUGCAGGGCCGCUUGACUUGACUGACCUGCUGGUUAUGGCUCCUUUUUUCCCUUUGACUACAACGCCUACUACAACAGUAACCGAAUUUCCUUUUGAAGCAGAUAUUGAGAUACCGCAUGUACCGAAUCACGUUCCAGACGAACUACAUACGUGCCGAGCA